GUCGCAGUAGUUUGUGUUCUGUAAUGAUAACAGCUUGAGAAAGAAGUGUCCCAUGUGACUAACGCUUAGUGAAAAUAAUAUAAAUUUAGAAGAAAAUGGAAAUAGAAGAAAAAUAUGGUCAAAUCAAAUUCUUUAGGAAGAAUGGGGAACUCGGACCGCCGUUCCCAUUGGGUUAUGGCAAAACUACUAUUGGAUCUUCGAUGUUGGCCGACGUUAGAUUAAAAAUGAAUGAUCCUAGAUUGGAGGAAAUCCAUUGUGUUAUUAAUGUCUACAGUGAAGGGCUGGCAACCUUAGUAAAUAAGUCGAAAGUGGCGCCAGUUAAGGUGAACAAUGUUCCUGUGAACCAGUUUAAAGUUUUAAACAAUGGUGAUAGGUUUGAAGUGAUUGGGAAGGUUUUUCAGUAUUGCAAUGAUCACAUAAACAAACAGGACGUUGAAAGAGUUGAAAACAGCUUAACAAAUGCAUUAACUCCUCCACGGAGACAUUCUGAAUAUAUUAUACCAAAUGUUUCAUCAGAAAACAAAAUUUUUAAAACUCUGGGCAACUCAAGAAAAACACCAUCAAAACAAAUAAGUAAACGUGUGUCAAAGAAAUUGGAAAGUGACGAAAUCAAUAUUGAAAAUGAGAAUAAAGAAAUUAGUACACAAGUAAGUAAAGAGCUUACAAGUUCAAGUGUAGAAGCAAUAAUUAAUGAGGUGACAAAAAUUGAUACCAAUGUUCUUUCAAAAAGAUUGAGUAAACGUUUAUCUAGCAAGUUAGAACCUGUUGAAGAACUUGCAAAUUCUAGUGUUAAGGAAAAUAUAUUACCAACUGAAGACCAACAGCAUGAAACAAAAGUUAAUAUAAGCCUUUCUACAAAGAGACUGAGUAAACGUUUAUCUAGCAAAUUAAAAUCUGUUGAAGAAGUUGUAAAUUCCGGCGACGAAGAUCAGCAACUUGAAAGUAAUGAAGAUCGUGACGCAAAAGUUGAUACCAAUCUUACAUCAAAAAGAUUGAGUAAACGUUUAUCUAGCAAGUUGAAAUCUGUUGAAGAACUUGCUAAUUCAAGUGACAAAGACAUUAUACCAUUCACUGAAAAUCAACAACUAGAAGCAAUAGUUAAUAAGGUGACAAAAAUUGAUACCAAUGUUCCUUCAAAAAGAUUGAGUAAACGUAUAUCUAGCAAGUUUGAACCUGUUGAAGAACUUGCAAAUUCCAUUGUUAAGGAAAAUAUAUUACCAACUGAAGACCAACAGCAUGAAACAAAAGCUGAUAUCAGCCUUUCUACAAAGAGAUUGAGUAAACGUUUAUCUAGUAAAUUAAAAUCUGUUGAAGAAGUUGUAAAUUCCAGUGAUGAAGAAGUUAUAUCAUCACUUCAAGAUCAACAACUUGAAAGUAAUGAAGAUAGUGACGUUAAAGUUGAUACCAAUCUUACAACAAAAAGAUUGAGUAAACGUUUAUCUAGCAAGUUGAAGUCUAUCGAAGAACUUGCGAAUUCCAGUGUCAAGGAAGUUAUUCCAUCAACUGAAAACCAAGAGCAGGAAACAAUGGAUAUCAACCUGUCUACAAAGAGAUUCAGUAAACGUUUAUCUAGCAAUUUAGAAACUACUGAAGUUAUGCCAUCAACUGAAGACCCACAACAUGAUACUAAUGAAGACAAUGAAUCAAAAAUUAAUAUCAGUCUUUCUACAAAGAGAUUGAGUAAACGUUCAUCUAGCCAAUUAAAAUCUGUUGAAGAAGUUGCAAAUUCCAGUGAUGAGGAAGUUAUAUCAUCACUUCAAGAUCAACAACUUGAAAGUAAUGAAGAUCGUGACGUAAAAGUUGAUACCAAUCUUACAACAAAAAGAUUGAGUAAACGUUUAUCUAGCAAAUUGAAGUCUAUUGAAGAAUUUGCGAAUUCCAGUGUCAAGGAAGUUAUUUCAUCAGCUGAAAACCAAGAGCAGGAAACAAUGGAUAUCAACUUGUCUACAAAGAGAUUCAGUAAACGUUUAUCUAGCAAGUUAGAUUCUACUGAAGUUAUGCCAUCAACUGAAGACCAACAACAUGAAACUAAUGAAAACAAUGAAUCAAAAAUUAAUAUCAAUCUUUCUACAAAGAGAUUGAGUAAACGUUUAUCAAACAAGUUAAAAUCUGUUGAAGAACUCGCGAAUUCUAGUGACGAAGAAAUUAUACCAUCAACUCAAGAACAACAGCUUGAAACUAAUGAAAAUGAUGAAACUUAUGUACAGUCUGAAAUUAAUCAAUAUGAAUCUGAUCAAUUCAUAAAUGACUGGGUUGAACAAGAGAAUUUUGAAAGUGAACAGAUUGAAGAAGUGCAAAAUGACAAAGUUAAUCGAGAACUACAAAUUGAAAAUGUUCAAAAUGAAGAAGAGCAACUUGAAAAUGAAGAAUUUGAAGAACCACAAGUUGAGAAUGAUGGACAAAUUGACAAUGGUGAAAAUGAGGAAGAUCAACUUAAGAAUGGACAGACAGAAAAUGAUCAGAAUAGAGAAAAGCUUCUGGAAGAGCAACUUGAAAAUGAAGAAUUUGAAGAACCACAGAUUGAGAAUGAUCUAAAUCAAGAACAAGUUGACAAUAGUGAGAAUGAAGAAUAUCAACUUAAGAAUGGACAGACUGAAAAUGAUCAGAAAAGUGAAAAGCUUCUGGAAGAGCAACUUGAAAAUAAAGAAGUUGAAGAACCACAGAUUGAGAAUGAUCUAAAUCAAGAACAAGUUGACAAUAAUGAGUAUGAGGAAGACCAACUUAAGAAUGGACAGACUGAAGAAAUUUGGACAGAAAAUGAUCAGAAUAGAGAAAAACUUUUGGAAGAUGGGCAUAAUGAAGAAACUAUACUUGAUACAGAACAAAUUCCAGAAUUACAACUAACCAACAGUUUGGUAAAAACACGGUAUUCACAGAGAAGGAGUAGUAUCUUAACGACAAAUGAGAGUAUGAAUGGUAUACAAUUUAAUAAAGAAGAGGUUGUUUCUGAAUCUUUAAUACAGUUAGAAGAUAAUUAUUCUGAUAAUAACGCAAAAGAAACUCCUUCAAAGUCAUUAGUAGAAGUGAACGUGGAUGAAACUUCAAUAAACAAGGAUACUGAUGAAGAAGAAGAAAAAGAGUGUUUCUUAGAAACGUCGUUAAAAGAAGAUCGUUUGCCUGAAGUAGGUAACAUUGAAGUGGACGAAAAUGUGCCGAAAACUCCCGACAACAAAACUAAUAAUGGACCCGUCACAAAAACUUCAAAUAGAAAAACCAUGUUGACCCGACAUUCUAGCACGCCUAAAAUAGCAUCACCACGUCGUUCCACUCCCAAUUUGAAAACGCCGCUGAAAAUUUCGCCGAUCCAUCAGCAGAACAAAUCGAGCAUCAAAAAAUUGAAUUACUCAGACAAAUUCAUAACACGACGAAGCGCCUCCGCUCACACUGAACUCGUCAAAGUGAACGAUUCCUCUAUUGUGGAAAGUUUACAGUUGAAGACGAGCGAAAUUUCGACAAGUUUCGGACAUUUGGACAUGGAUCCGAUACCGAACAUUAGCAAGGUUGCGUUGGAAUCAACGCCGAAAAACUCGCCGAGGAGAACACCCGGAAGUGGCUUAAGGAAACGUGUCAUGCAAAAUAUGAUCAAUGAUUCUAAUAUGUCGACUCUGGCCUUGUACACAUCUCGAGAAUUGGCCCUGGUUAAAGAGAAACUGGACAAGGACGGAGAGCUCAGUAGCAUCGAUCCGAAAGAUUUUAUUGAAAAAGACGAAGAAAUUGACGUAGAAGUAUCGAUUAAGCAUAAUUCGAUGGGGGACAAUUUAGUCACUCCCGAAGGCAAUACAACUGUUGUUGUUAUCGACUCUUCUUUGGAAAGUCCCGAUUUAAAUAAGCGCAGAUCAAAGCGUCGUAACAUGAGCAGCGUCGUUGAAAUACUAGACACGACAACUCCAAAAUCAAUAGUGAAAAACAAGUAUUUAACGGCGGUAGCUGCGGACAAAACCGUCGACGAUUCAUUAUGCGAGAUCAAUUCUUCAACUGACUCAAACACUGACUUAAAGAAUAGUUUUUCAUCUACCAAUGUUGAAGAAAAACAUGAUGAAGAGCAGAAUUUGAUUAAUGAGUCUGGAACGCCGGAUAGUCAACUGAUAAAAACACCUCUGAAUACACCGCAGCUCUUUGAAACCAUUAAAAAGUCCGUCCUUAAGUCAAGGGGCUUGAAAAGAACGAGAGAGUCGACUGGCAGUAAUCUGUUGUCUUCAAAGAAGUUAAAAUUCGCUUCUAAAUUAUCUUCUGACGACGAUUAUCUGGAUGAAUCGUUUGACGAAGAGAUGGCAUCCCUGAACUUAUCAUCGUCUGUUAGAGAUGAUUCGUUACCGGAAGAUCUAAAUCAGUUGACGGAGAGGCCCAAACAAGAACCGCGGUUAAAUAAGAGCGACUUUUUGCCAACGAUACGCUCUAAUUACGAUGACAAACGACGUUCCCUGUGUGCUAUAAAAUUCGUAGAAAUGCCGUUGCUCAACGAGACUGAAGGUACUGAAGUAAAGAGGAAGAGAGGUAGACCUUCAAAGACUAAUAAAAGUCUUGAUACCACCAAGAACGACAGUAUUGUCAAUUCGAUUAAAAGAAAGAGGGGCAGGCCUUCAAAAGCUGCCAACGUCUCGACCUUACAGCAAGCCGAUCCUAAUUCUUUUGGCAGGUCUUUAAAUGAACAAAAAACUGAUGAAAAAUUAGUUAAAAGAGGUAGAGCUAGACCCUCAAAAGGGACUGACUUAAACUGUAGCAACAAGAAACAAGGCAAACUGUCUAUAGAUACUACAAACUAUGAGUGUGAGCGUGAAUUGAUUGUAUCGCUCGAACAAAUGACUGAGAUAGAUGAAUACAUAGAUGUUGUUAACCAGUCGCAAAAUGAAUUGUCAGGUAUUGAACCACUAGACGUUUCUCUAAUGUCUGAACAACAACAUCAGGAUGAGUGUAUCGAUUUGCACAUGACCGAAUCGAGUACCAAACGCAAACUGGAAUCAAGGUCACCAACUUCAAUAACCGAAUCUGAAGAACCUGGCAGUGUUCUCAAUGAGGUUGAACGUGUUAAACGGCUAAAAUCGCACGCUAAGUCUCCUUACAAUGAUCUGACAGACGUCGGGGGAGUUAAAAGACUGUUGACAACUCCCAAAGUACACAAAUCUCCUGUGAACGAUCUGACACAAGUUGCAGGAGUUAAGAAUCUUUUAGCAACGCCUGUGCUGCAAAAAUCGCCUACUAAUGAUCUGACUGACGUCAAAGGAGUCAAGAAACUUUUAAAAACUCCUAGACAACAAAAAUUACCCGCUAAUGAUCUGACUGAUGUCAGAGGAGUUAAGAAACUUUUAAAAACUCCUAAAGGCCAAAAGUCGCCUACUAAUGACUUGACUGAUGUCCGAGGAAUUAAGAAACUUUUAAAAACUCCUAAAGAGCAAAAGUCGCCCACUAAUGAUUUGACUGAAGUCGGAGGAGUUAAGCAACUUCUAGCAACUCCAAAAGAUCAGAAAUCACCUAUGAAUGAUCUAACUGAUGUCAGAGGAGUUAAGAAACUUUUAAAAACUCCCAAACAACAAAAAUCACCGACUAAUGAUUUAACUGAUGUUGGAGGUGUUAAGAAGCUUUUAGCAACUCCAAAGGAGCAAAAAUCGCCUACUAAUGAUCUGACUGAUGUCGGAGGAGUUAAAAAACUUUUAACAACUCCCUUACAUCAAAAAUCGCCUGUUAAUGAUCUGUCCAAUGUAAGUGGAGUGGAGCAAAUGUUUGUGUUGUCUUCCACAACUGAGGAUGCCUUCGAAGAGGUAUUCAACAGGAAGAAAAUACGAACGUAUGCAAAGUAUAAUAAAAAUAAUAGUCUAGAAGAUAUUGUGAGUGUCGAAGAAUCUCCGAUCAAUUCUCCCUUAAAUUCCGAUCGUGUAAAAAAUUGGGUCGAGGAACAAAGCGAGAUUGUGUUACAGGCGAUCGACAAUAACGUUACUACAUCUACGGAGAAGAAAGAAACCAAGUCGAGGACUAAGAGAAACGUCCGAGGCAAAGCGAAGGCAGAAGACGCUGAAAACGAACCGCCUAAAGUGCUGAGAAAAACUCGAGGCAGAAAAUUGCUUGCGGACUUGGAUAUAGUUGAACCGAAUACUAUAAACACUUCACCUGUCACGCCCAGUGCAGAGAAGCGAAUUGAAGAGAGUCAGCCAGCUAAGAAAACGACAAGGAAUCGAAAAGUUACAUUUGAUGAAGUGGAUGAGGAUGGGGGGGACCAUUCGGAAUCUGAAUUAUCAGCAAAGAAGACUAAGACUCGUAGAGUUGUACCUAAGGUGCACGAUGGAGAAGAGAUGGAUAAAGAACUUGAGCCAAAAAGGGGAGCACGGACACGAAACAGUAAAAAAACUCAAGAGAUUUCAGUAGGAAAAGGACGUACGCGUAAAGUUACUCAAAAAAAUGAAGAAGAUGAUAUUGAAAAAGAAGAAUCAACAAAUACGGAAAGAACAGCACGUGAAGGUGAUUCAGAUGAAGAAACUGAAAAAGAUGAGAUCAAAGAAAAAUCGGUUGCAAAAACUCGAGGAGUUCGAAAAGGUGCUCACACUGUUUCAGACGAGGACAAUGGAAAAGAAGAGGUUGAAGAAGUGCCUACCCGAAAAGGAAGAACACGCAAAGUUACCCAGAAAAAUGAAGAAAAAAAUAUUGAAAAAGAGUCAACGAAUACGAAAAGAGCUGCACGUAAAGUUGAUUCAGAUGAGGAAACUGAAAAAGAUGAGAUCAAAGAAAAAUUGGGUACAAAAACUCGAGGAGUUCGAAAACGUGCUCACACUGUUUCAGACGAGGAGAAUGAAAAAGAAGAUGGUGAAGAAAUGCCCACUCGAAAAGGAAGAACACGCAAAGUUACCCAGAAAAAUGAAGAAAAAGGUAUUAAAAAAGAAUCAACAAAUACGAAAAGAGCAGCACGUAAAGUUGAUUCAAAUGAAGAAACUGAAAAAGAUGAGAGUAAAGACAAAUUGGCAACAAACACUCGAGCAGUUCGAAAACGUGCUCACACUGUUUCAGACGAGGACAAUGAAAAAGAAGAGGAUGAAGAAUUGCCUACCCGAAAAGGAAGAACGCGCACAGUUACCCAGAAAAAUGAAGAAAAAAAUAUCGAAAAAGAAUCAACAAAUACGAAAAAAACAGCACGUAAAGUUGACUUAGAUGAAGAAACUAAAAAAGAUGAAAUUAAAGAAAAAUUGGCCACGAAAAACCGAAGAGUUCGAAAAGGUCACACUGAAGACGAGGACAAUGAAAAAGAGGAGGGUGAAGAGUUGCCUACCCGGAAAGGGAGAACACGCAAAGCUACCCAGAAAAACGAAGAAAAAAAUAUUGAAGAGUUGCCGACCAGAAAAGGAAGAGCACGUAAAGUUGUCCAAAAGGAUUUGGAGGAGGACAGUAAAGAAAAAGAAGAAUUGGUAUCAAAAAAGGGGAAAGCACAUAAAACUCAUCAGAAAGAUUCUGAGAAUGAAGAUGAGUCUAACGAAUUGCCACCCAAAAAAAGGAAAGCAGCACGUACAGCUGAAGUACAAAAUGUUCGGGUAACUAGAGCAACUAGGUCCAAAAAUCUAAAAUAAGAGAAAAUAUUUUUUCUAAUAUUAGAUUUGAAUUUUAUUUUAUAUACAUGAUUAUAUGAUUUUACUAUAUAAUAGUUUUUUAAUAUUAAAGAUUGUCAUUGAUUUGCUAUUCACCAUUUAUGUAUAUAUUUAUAUUAAUAUUGUAUAAAUAUAAUGUGUUGUAAUAUAAAAAAAUAAAUAUAAUUAUAAUAGGUUUAUAAGAGUAUGAGAGUACAAAAAUAUAUAAUUUUAGUUGA